UGGCUGAAGUAAGGGAUCCUACUAGCAAACUUUUCUCCUGUCUUGCAUUAAGUUGGUUUAUGCUAAAUUUCUUCCACAUGAGGCAAUGAGUCGCAUGACUCCCUCUGAUCACAUGUGUGCAGCUUCCUUUUCUUGCCCAUAUGCUGCUUGUGUUUGUAGUCUCACCCAGUGUCGCAAGUAGGUUGGAAGGAUACGGCAACAUGACACACAGCCGGUCUGUGCACACACAUUAUGGCUGAGCUCACCCUCCUGCUUCUUCUGCUUGGGACCUGUGCACUUGGCACGUUGUCUGAUUCAUUGAAGACGAUACUUCAACCUCCAGAAAUCAGAGCUGAGAUUGGAAAACCAGCCACUUUAUCCUGUAAAUUCAACUAUUCAGAGGAUCAAAAGAUAUAUGUGACAUUUUCCAGAACUCGUGACCAAACAAAAUCUGAUAUUAAUGGAACUCAGAAUACAACGUGUAGCCCACUUGCCUCUAAGGAAAGACUUUUUCUUUGUGAAACUUAUUUCAACACAAAUAAUAUCAGACUAGAGGAUGAGGGUGUGUACUACUGUAAGGUAGGCAUACCAACACCUGGAAAAGUGCUCACGGGGACAGGCAACGGGACUAAACUGUCUCUUUAUGCUGAGCCCUCCUUAGUCGACAUCAAGCCAGGAGGUCCGCUGGUGUCUGGACAUGAAUCCUCCCUGAACUGCUCAGCCUCAGGGUUCUAUCCUCAGAACAUCUCAGUGUUGUGGUCCUACAGAGGUCAGCAAGUGCCUCCCAGCAAUGUCUCCUUUAAGACCGAAAAGAUCAGAGACGGCACUUUCCAACUUCUCAGUGAGUUCAGGUUCAGGCCCACAGCAGCAGACCAUGGGGCACAGUGCAGUUGUACUGUCUCACACCCAUACUGGACCAUCAGCAGGACAGCCAGCAUCCCACUCAAUGUUGAAUAUGGACCCAGCUUAGUGACAGUCACGAUGUCCCACUCGGCUGCCGUGAUUCAUGGAUCUGUACAUGUGGAAAUGGGGUCUGAACUCAAACUCACCUGUGCUGCUGAUGGGAACCCCAAACCAAGCGUAAAAUGGCUGGAGGAAAACCGAACUGUGGUACACACUACAGAAACUCUACACAUACCUGAAGUGCAGAAGGAACAUGAAGGGCUUUACUGGUGUGUGGUGAACAACCGGUAUGGAGAGAAGAACACCAGUGUCCAUCUGCUGGUGUCUUCGAAAGAAGAGUCUAAUGCCUCCAUGAAUUUAAUUUAUGGCUUCGUUGUUGUUCUGGUUGCCUUUCUCAUCGCAAUCAUAAUUUUUGCAUCCUGGAGGAGAAGGAAGGAGAAGGAUGCACAGGAUUCUGAAGGUCAUCACCCACACAGUCUUAUACCUUCCCCAGAGAGCACUGUUCAUUAUGAAGAUACAGUGUAUGCCAUGCCAAAGAAACGCAAGAAGAACAACAUCAGCCACCAACAUCAGCCAAAGCCAGCUCGACAAACUGUGGAUGAAACACAGCUGAUAUAUGCCGAUAUCACAUUCACCUCUGCACCAACAAAUGUGAUUACCACGAAUGAGAGCAAAAUGUCCAUAUACAGUGAUGUUGGCAUCAAGAAAAAACACCAAACCACCGAUGAGCAGAAGAGGGAAGGUCUGCACUCUAUCUAUACUGAGGCACAACACCCUCUGUGAACUCUUCUACGUCCUCCUAGGGGGAUGGGGAGUGAGGGGUGAGGGUCAUCUUCUCCCUUUUAUUAACACUGGGCCAUGUGCUUGUGACCAGGAGAUGUGCUAAGAAGAUUUAGAAAACCUUGGAAAACCUAGAAAACUACUUGAAGCCUUUUCUUCCUAAAUGUGGUUAAGGUACAUACUGGAGUCUUCCAUCUUCCACUGUGAAAUGGAAGUAAACAUUUUUGUCUGCUUUGGAAGAUUCAGAUUAAAAGUCUUCGGUGUGUGCAUGCUCUAGCUACAAAGUUACUGAGUAAUCUGUAGACAGCAUGCACACACCAAAGACUAGUUUUAAUCUAAAUCUUCCAAGGCAGAAAAAACAGUUGAAGUGAUACUCAUAAGGAAAACAACAGCGUAUACAGUACAGAAGAAUUUGUAAAUAUUGUUUGCUCACAGAAAUUCCUUUUCUUUCCUCUUGAACUUUCAGUUUAACAUUUCUAACUACAGCAUUAAUUACAUUUUGGUUAGUUUGUAUUUUUGCUGUAAACUAAUUUAUGCAAAGUAAUAAACAUGACUCACAAAUGUUUAUUGGAAAUGAAGUAAUUUUCUUGAAUGGUUUUCAUCAUGACUGUCAGGAAGUGGCUGUUACAGAAGUUGGGUUGAACACAUUGUCUAUUUCUGUCAGACACUUAACCAUUUGUUAAUUUAGUCAUAAAAUGCUUUAUAACGAACUACUGUACUUCAGCUCCUCAUUAUUAUCACUAUCAUCAUUAACACUGAAGUUUUGAUUCGUUUAAAUUCUUGAAACGCAGUCUGUACUAGUCAUAACAAAAAAUAGAAAAACUUGUGACUGUAAAUGUGAAAUAUGUAAAUUAAAUUUUACCGUAAAUUUUCUUCACGGCAUGAUUUUCACAAAGCCUUAGAUUUACUGUGCCAUAAACUUUCUUGAAUGUAGCGAGGGGCUAUAAACUUAGUUUCCUGCAGUUUUCACUGAACGACAGUUGGUUGGUGGACGAGCGCAUGUGCAACAGAGAUCUUGG